AUGGUGUGGAACGGCGACGAGUCAAUCAGACCAAACAAUACAGCGCUGUGCACAAUCGACACUUGCCCGGUCUCGGACAGUGUUUACGGGUUUGCGCCAAAGCUAGCUCCCAAUCUUGUCCUACUAGUAUUAUUCUCUUUGUCAACAAUUGGAUUUAUCUUCGUUGGUAUCUGGAAGAAAACAUGGGGCUUCUUUAUUGCUAUGAGUCUAGGUGGUCUCCUCGAAGUUGUAGGAUACAUUGGGCGAGUUGGAGGUAGCAGUGAUCCGUUUAAUGGCCUCGGAGGACAAUCUUUCAUAAUUCAAAUUUGUUGUUUGACCGUGGCCCCUGCCUGCUACGCAGCUGGUAUCUACUUGUGCCUGGCACGAAUUGUUAUUGCUUUCGGCGAAGACAUCUCUCGAAUCAAACCCCGAUGGUAUACCUACAUAUUCGUUACUUGCGAUCUUGUCUCCCUCAUAACCCAGUCUGCUGGCGGUGCUAUCGCUUCCACUUCAAAUGAUCACGCAGGCUCUAAGCUCGGGGGCGAUAUUACUCUCGGGGGACUUGCAUUUCAAGUCUUUACUAUGACUUUCUUCAUGGUUCUUUGUGGAGAAUUUGCCUUGAGAUGUUGGAAUCGCCGACAAAUGUUCGACGAGCGACAGCGAGGAUUGAGAGAGAGCAAAAGGUUCAAGUACUUCUUGUAUGCUAUGGGCGCUGCGACUAUUUUCAUUUACGUGCGAUGCGUUUAUCGAGUGGCAGAGUUGGCGAAAGGUUGGGAUGGUCCUUUGAUGACGACCGAAACUUAUUUUAUCGUGUUAGAAGGAUCAAUGGUUAUUUUGGCCUGUCUUUGCCUGAACAUUUUCCACCCAGGUAUCUGCUUCGAAGCCAGCUAUGCUUCAAGAAGCAAUGGUUCAAAGGAGGAUAGUGUUAGCAUGGACGAGCUUACAUCGUAA